AUGGUUCGCUCUCCUAUGGUGGUUUCCCUAAUUGGGAGUCUAGCAGUUUCCAACGCCAUUCCAACAGGCGAUCUUCCCCUCUCAGAGCCAGUAGUAGCGGAACGCAUGGAGGCACAACCAGCUGUAUCGUACUGGACACCUCCCUUGAAAUCGAACAUUCAAUUUGUUCUCACCGGCAUCCCCGAUGUUGCUGAGAACUACAUUCGACCGAAAGUCGGGAUUUAUGAGAUCGAUAUGUUCUACACACCCGAAGCAACUAUCCGGAAAAUGAAUGAACUGGGUCAGAAGGUGAUUUGCUAUUUCUCGGCUGCGACGGCGGAGAAUUGGAGAGACGAUUACAAGAACUUUCAAAAGGCAGACUUAGGACUAGAACUACCUGACUGGCCUGGGGAGAAAUAUUUGGAUAUCCGAAGGGACAACGUGUUCAAAGUCAUCAGUAAGCGGAUUGAUCUAGCCGCGAAAAAGGGCUGCAAUGCGAUCGAGCCGGACAACGUUGAUGUUUACUCUAACGACAACGGCUUUAAACCCGCAAUCGUCCCAGAUGACACCGUCAAAUACCUGCACAAAGUCUCCGCGUACGCCCGCAGCUUAAACAUGUCCGUCGGCAUCAAGAACUGCAUCGAGAUCCUUGGUCCCAUCUUCGACGACGUCGACUUCGCCAUCUCAGAGCAAUGCGUCCAAUAUCACAACUGCACUGCCUACACCAACUUCACCACUGCGCCGCGGGCCAACACAAUCGGGAAACCCGUGUUUGAGGUCGAAUACGUCAACUACACCUACACGGGUGAAUGGUCUGAUGAUGGUGUCGCGCUUCAACCUGAACUUUUCAAAACGAAGAAUGUUGAUUUUCCGGGACUGACGAAUGAGAAGCUGAGGAGGAAGUUGUGUAAUUUGGAUGAGCCGGGUGUUACUGUCGAUAAACCGUACUUGAAGAUUAAUACGAUUAUCAAGACGCUGGAUUUGGAUGGCUUCAUUAUGUUUUGCGAUGGAAAGGUGGAGAAGACGAAGACAAAGGAUGUGGGACAGAGGAGAGGCGCACCGGGGAAGAUGUUGAGAAGGAGCUGGGUUAGGGAGAAGGAAUGGAGGAGGAUGGGAGGGACGUGA